AGCCAAUUCACACAUCGUUUCUUGGAGUGCGCCAUUUAUCGUUCAUUUCUCAGAGAUUCUUCGUCAUUUUUGGAUGAGGCUUGAUCUUAAAAAUCUGUGCUUUUCUCGUUUUAGUCUUUCCACGCAAAAGCCACCCCAAACUACUCGAGGAGGCUCGGCACUCCCUCUGGAUUAGAGGAGGAGCUUCCCAAUUUCAAGGAAGCUCCACCUCUCCGAGAGCACUGAAUGUCGAACCCGAGCGGGACUUUGAGAUUUUGACACUUCUACUUUGACCGCAGGAAACUGUCAGUAGUUAGAGCUACCGUGAGGGCAGGACGGACUUUUAGAAAGUUUUGCCGGGAAUUGGAGCUCGUUCAGGGACUGGAUGGACCUUUUGGAAUCUUUGCCGGGAGUUGGGACUACUUUAGGGACUAGACCGAUGGGGUUUUAGGAAACUUUGCCGGACGUUAGAGCUAGCGCAGGGACUCCACGGACGGGACGGGCGAAAACCAGAAGAACUAGGACUGGACAAGAUUGGGUCGGAAUCAGCUGGGACACGUGCUUGCUUAAGCUGGGAAAGGACCUGGCUCUAAACGGCCACCAUGAGGAGAAGUGAAAUCUUGGCACAGGACUCGGUGUCUUGUUUCUUAAAAGCUUUGGAUAGACUUCGAGAAAUCUGGGACUUGAUUGGGAUUCCAGAGAACCAAAGGCUUCAGAGGAUUGAAGCUGUCACACAGAAUGUCCAAAACCUCUUGGACAUGAUGAUUGCAGAGGAAGAAAGCCGGAAAGAAAGACUACUAAAAAGAAUUGAGUCAUAUCAAGAGGAACGGAACCUUCUAUUCAAAGAGUUAAAACUGGAACCAUUUCUGGAAGGAGAGGAGACCACUAUCUUGAAGCUAGAGGAGACUCUUCGAACACAGGUAGAAGAGAUGAAAAAACAGAAAGAAGAAAGGCUACAAGAACAGAAACAACUCCAAGAACAAGAUCAAAAAUUGUGUGAGAUUCUUUGUGUGCUCCCAUACAGCCUUGACAACGAUUCAGUACCCAGCGUGGAGGAGCUGAACCAGUUCAGAAAUCACCUGGAAGCUCUGGAGGAAACCAAGGCCAGCCGAUGGGAGGAGUUUGUCAGCACAAAGAGGCAGAUCAUACUCUGUAUGAAAGAUUUGGAUCAUAUCCCAGAAACAAAUUUUGAGAGAGAUGUGGUGUGUGAGGCUGAAGAGACCUUUUGUCUGUCAUUAGAGAACAUGACAGCCCUGAAGAAUCUACUUUUACAGCUAGAAAUGGAAAAAGCUGAGAAUGAAGCUGUGUGUGAAGAGCUACACUCUCGAAUCUGUAAGCUCUGGAACUGGUUACAGGUGUCUACCCAGGAGAGAGAAGCCCUGGACAGUUUUAUGACUGGGUCAAAGGCCAAGAUCAGAAAAGUGUUACAAUCAGAAGUGGAUCGGUUGGAGGAACUGAAGAUUCAGAACAUGAAGAAAGUGAUUGAAGCCAUCAGGGUGGAGCUGGUACUAUAUUGGGAAAAAUGCUUUUACAGCCAGGAACAGAAGGAAGCCUUUACCUAUUACUAUGACAAGGACUACACAGAGGUCUUGCUCCAGGUCCAUGAUGCAGAAAUUGUGCAGUUGAAACAAUACUAUGAGAUGCACAAAGAAAUCUUUGAAGGUGUUCAGAAGUGGGAAGAGAACUGGAGGCUUUUCUUGGAAUUUGAGAGAAAAGCUUCAGAUCCAAGUCGAUUUAUGAACCGUGGUGGAAAUCUCUUGAAGGAAGAAAAACAACGAGCCAAGCUCCAAAAAACACUCUCUAAGUUGGAAGAAGAGUUGAAAACACAUAUUGAAAUAUGGGAAAAGGAACAUUCCAAGGCAUUUCUGGUAUAUGGUCAGAAAUUCACAGAAUAUGUGAUGGAACAGUGGGAGAUAUUUCAUUUGAAGAAAGAGAAAGAAAAGCAGGAUCGACAGCUAAAGAAAAAUCAGCCAACAGGAGCAGAGAUGUUAUACAGCAGCAGGUUCAGAACACCCAGCAAGAAGCAAGGACCUAACACAUCAAGCAAAACUCCCAAGUGAAAAUUAUCAGGGGCUUCCAACUUUGAGGUCUUCACUCCCCACUCAGCUCCGUCUUCUUCAUAAUUCCUGGACGUCACGACAAGUUUGUUUGUUUUUUUUUUUUAACAUUUCUUUGGUUUAUACUGGUCAAGAAAAAACUUAAAACUUGAUCCAAAGGUCCCUUUGUAGGCCCAUAUGGUCCUAGGAAUUUAGCUUUAAUGACUGAUACUUAUUCUAUUUGUUAUUUAUAUAAAUAUAUAUGCAUAUAUCCUUAACAUGUUUGACCUUUAAAUAAAUAAGGAAGCAUAAACUUAAUGUUGUAUAAAAUAUUGUGUUGUUCUCUGUCCUGCUGUCUUUCACUCGUUACAUGUGAUUAAGUAAUUAAUUUGUAGUAUCUGGAA